AUGGCCGCCCACGGGCAGAGACGCAGAACUUCUUCUUCUUCCUCUUCCUCUCCUCCUCCUCCUCUUCCUUCUUCAAGACAAACUUCCUCCAUUCAGCGGAAAGAAGUACAGUCAGCCACCCUUCACAACCGCAUAGUUUCAUAUAGCUCGAACAACGGCCAAAGAAGCAGCCCUUUUUCUCCAUCUUCUUUUUCUUCUUCAAGACAAGCCCCUUUCAUCACGUUCGGCCAAGUCCCGUCACAGGUUACCCAAGGCGUGCCCUUCACAUUCAACGUCCACGCUAGCGUAACUGAAAACACGAAUCCUCGUCGUGGGAACUUGCUGCCUAUGAGGAUUCAAGGGACUAUGAGUUUUGAAGCGGGUCCGAUCCAUCGACCGGGCACGUAUGAACUUGUUCUUACCAUCGGUAACUCCGGCAACUCGUUGAAAAUUGGGUCUGGGCGUUACGAGACUAUUACUGUUAUAUUUUUAUUUUGGUUAUUGAUAGUCAUUUAUAUGUUUGGUUCCUUUUUCUUUUUGGCAUAUGAGAGUGACAAGCUCCUUAACAGCUACAUAUCCUCUACUGCCUUGAACUUUAUCAUGUCUUCUACCGACCAAACCAGCAGUGCAUCAAACUCAACUGCUUCUGUUGAGUGGACAAACAAACCAACCACGGUUGUCCAAGGCGAUCGUUUUACCGUCAAGCUCGAAAUUCAGGCAAAUGGAAACCAGUUCUUUUCCCAAAACAGACAGGUGAACGUGAGCAUGAUUUCACGGCUCACCGAUGAUGAUAGUCAAGGCCAGAAGGAUCUGUAUUACAAUGCGCAUACGAUUCUGGGGUCAGAACCCAUUGAAUUUAAGAUAACCGAGCCGAUCGACCAGGCAGGAGAGCAUACGGUCAAUAUUACUGUUCAAGCGCCUGAGGCUGUUAGUCAGCGCACAAUGUAUUGCUAG